AAAAUUCUAUUGAUGAACUGUGUUGUUAAAGCUAAAAUCAUUCAAGUUUCCUAUGAGUGAUUUACAAGUUGUAAAGCAAAGACUGGAUGAGACGUCGGAAAACUUGGAAAAACUCGAAAAGGAAGUUUUCCAAGUGGAAAUUCAACUUCACGACGAUAUAUCCUCCUCGUGUGAUAAGAAUGAGAAAGAAUUGCAACAGCUCUUAUCUCAGUGCAAGUCUCUAGAAGAGUAUUUGUUACAAGUAGCUCUACAAGUGGACGCGUUGGAAGUAAGAAGGAAUAAGAGUUACUCAAUAUAUAUAACAGACCGAAUAGGUGUCUAGAGAGAGUGCUGCAAAAGCCUUUCGUGAAAAAAGACAAGACCAAGCAAAGGAAAUAACUCAGUUAUUGUCUCGACGAAAGAAAACGCACGAAAGGGUU